UAAACAAACGUCAAGCGUCAAGUUAAAUGCGAAAAUUCUUUCCCCAGUCUUCGGUGUUGUUGAAUUUUUUCGUCGGAAGGGGUCGAGGUCGCCGAUAAGGGCCAAUAAUAAGUAAAUAAUGGCUUUCUCCAGGCUUUUAGGCAGUCGCACAGCAGCUGGUGUGAGAACGAUAUUGAAAUUACGGCAGGAACCUAUAAUUUCUAAAGCAACAAUGGCCGAUUUCCGCAUUGAAAAAGAUACAUUUGGGGAAUUGAAAGUACCAUCUGACAGGUACUAUGGAGCACAGACUGUUCGCUCAACCAUCAACUUUGCCAUUGGUGGUGAAUAUGAACGAAUGCCGUAUCCAAUCAUAACAGCGAUGGGCAUCCUCAAGAAAGCUGCCGCCGAAGUAAACACAGAAUUCGGGCUGGAUUGUAAAAUUGCCGAAGCGAUUUCACAAGCCGCCGACGAGGUGAUUUCGGGAAAACUAUAUUGUGAUCACUUUCCUUUGGUAAUUUGGCAAACCGGUUCCGGUACACAGACCAACAUGAAUGCCAAUGAGGUCAUAAGCAACCGAGCAAUUGAAAUCCUAGGCGGAAAGUUAGGUUCCAAGACACCAGUUCAUCCAAACGAUCAUGUUAACAAAAGUCAAAGCAGUAACGACACAUUCCCUACGGCCAUGCAUAUUGCUGUCGCAAUGGAAAUUGAGCAUACUCUCAUGCCAGGUUUGAAAAUGCUAGCUCAAUCACUAGAUAAAAAAUCGAAGCAAUUUGAAAAAAUCAUCAAAAUUGGCCGUACUCACACUCAAGAUGCAGUACCCCUAUCAUUAGGCCAAGAAUUCAGUGGCUAUGCUACGCAAAUGCAGUUUGCUAUAGAAAGAGUCAAAACAACUCUUCCACGUCUCUACAUGUUGGCUCUUGGAGGUACUGCUGUGGGAACUGGCCUGAAUACUAGGAAAGGUUUCGCGGAGAAAUGCGCCUGCAAGAUUAGUGAGCUCACCGGAUUGCCAUUUGUGACUGCCCCCAACAAAUUCGAAGCUCUCGCUUCUCAUGAUUCUAUGGUUGAAGUCUCUGGAGCCUUGAAUGUUAUUGCGUGUUCCCUUAUGAAGAUUGCCAAUGAUAUAAGAUUCUUGGCUUCAGGACCCCGCUGUGGUCUUGGUGAACUAAUUCUUCCCGAAAACGAACCAGGAAGUUCUAUAAUGCCAGGAAAAGUAAACCCGACCCAAUGCGAAGCUGUCACCAUGGUGGCAGCCCAAGUUAUGGGCAACCACGUCGCAGUUUCUGUCGGUGGAUCCAACGGUCACUUUGAAUUGAAUGUAUUCAAACCCAUGAUGUGCGCCAAUGUAUUGAGAUCCAUAAGAUUGAUUGGUGACAGCUGCAAGAGCUUUACAAAGAACUGUGUGAAUGGCAUUGAAGCUGAUAAAGAAAGGAUCGAUAAACUUUUGCACGAAAGUUUGAUGUUAGUCACUGCUUUGAAUCCCCAUAUUGGUUACGAUAAGGCCGCUCAAAUCGCUAAGACUGCGCAUAAGGACAAGUCUACUCUCAAGGCUACUGCAAUUAAGUUGGGUAUCCUAACUGAACAACAGUUUAAUGAAUGGGUUAAACCAGAAGAAAUGUUGGGACCUAAGUAAUUUGUUGAUCGAUUUAUAAUAUAUUGUUGCUUGUACUGAUAUAAUUAUCAUUUUUUUAUUGUUAUAUAUUUCAUUUGUGUAAUAUAAAUUUUUUGUUUUAUAUACAAGUUGUAAUAAACAGUAAUCAUCUCUAUUUCACAGUAA